AUGGGUAGCCUUGAUUCAAAUAACAGCACUCAAACACAAUCAAAUGUCACAAAAUUUAACCCACUUGACCCGGAAGAAUUCCGUACCCAAGCCCAUCAAAUGGUAGACUUUAUUGCUGAUUACUACAAGAACAUUGAGAGUUACCCGGUUCUAAGCCAAGUCGAACCGGGUUACCUUCGUAACCAUUUACCGGAAAAUGCCCCGUACUUACCUGAGUCAUUGGACACCAUUAUGAAAGAUGUCGAGAAACAUAUUAUCCCAGGUAUGACACACUGGUUGAGCCCGAAUUUCUUUGCAUUUUUCCCUGCCACGGUUAGCUCUGCGGCGUUCUUAGGAGAAAUGCUUUGCAAUUGUUUCAACUCUGUAGGAUUUAAUUGGCUGGCUUCCCCAGCCAUGACGGAGUUGGAAAUGAUAAUCAUGGACUGGCUCGCCAAUAUGCUGAAACUACCAGAAUGCUUCAUGUUUUCUGGCACGGGUGGGGGUGUAAUUCAAGGUACAACCAGUGAAGCGAUCCUAUGUACCUUAAUCGCUGCUCGUGACCGUAAGCUUGAAAAUAUAGGCGUUGAUAAUAUCGGAAAGCUCGUUGUCUAUGGUUCUGAUCAAACGCACUCUAUGUAUGCCAAGGCUUGCAAGGCAGCUGGCAUUUUUCCAUGCAAUAUUCGUGCCAUAUCAACUUGUGUCGAAAACGAUUUCUCGUUAUCUCCUGCAGUUCUACGGGGAAUUGUUGAAGUUGAUGUAGCUGCUGGUCUUGUACCACUUUUCCUCUGUGCUACUGUAGGGACCACCUCCACUACAGCCAUUGAUCCUAUUGGUGAACUAGGAGAAUUGGCUAAUGAAUUCGACAUUUGGCUCCAUGUGGACGCAGCUUAUGGGGGUAGCGCUUGCAUAUGUCCAGAGUUUAGACAAUAUCUCGAUGGAAUUGAACGAGCUAACUCGUUCAGUUUGAGCCCUCAUAAGUGGCUUCUAAGUUACUUAGAUUGUUGUUGCAUGUGGGUGAAAGAACCAAGCGUGCUAGUCAAGGCAUUGAGCACGAAUCCUGAGUAUCUGAGGAAUAAACGUUCCGAACAUGGCUCAGUUGUGGAUUACAAAGACUGGCAAAUAGGUACGGGUCGAAAGUUCAAGUCUCUCCGAUUAUGGCUCAUCAUGAGGAGUUAUGGCUUAGCCAAUCUACAGAGUCACAUUAGGUCUGAUGUCCGAAUGGCCAAAAUGUUCGAAGGGCUCGUUAGGUCCGAUCCAUACUUCGAGGUCAUCGUGCCACGACGUUUUUCGCUCGUGUGCUUCCGGUUCAACCCGGAUAAGGAAUAUGAACCGGCCUACACUGAGCUCUUAAACAAAAGAUUGCUUGAUAAUGUGAACUCGACAGGUCGAGUUUACAUGACACACACAGUAGCAGGUGGAAUAUACAUGCUAAGGUUUGCAGUAGGUGCUACAUUCACUGAGGAUAGACACUUAAUUUGCGCUUGGAAGUUAAUUAAGGACUGUGCCGAUGCUUUGCUACGAAAUUGCCAGUGA